UCCCGGACGUUUCGGCGCUGCUACCUUCCUUGAAACAAACGCAUCCGAUCUAUAGCGAAGAUUUAAACGUCGGCCCUCCGAUCUCGGGAGAGGCGGAAGAAUUGCGAUCCUUGAGGGAUGGAUCCGGCCGUCGAACAUGCCGGCAAGGCGGUGUCCGACGGCGAACGCUCCCCCGAAGCUGCCCCGCACACCAAUCUCCGAGCCGAGGACCCCGCUCCCCCUCCGCCGCCGCGGCCGCCUCUACCGAACCCCGACGUCCACCAGCCCCAUCAGCAACCCACCGAGUCCCAGACGCCUCAUCUGGCCAGGGAGUCGCCUCCCGCGGCUUCCGCAACGCCGCCGGUGUCGAACACUUAUGCGGUUCCCCCUCCCGCUGCGAACUCGUCUUCCUCCCGAAGUACGAUGGAGACAGUGAAGAACGUGCUUAAGAUAUGGGGGAGCAAGGUCGGUGAGACAGCGAAGAAAGCUGAGGACUUGACUAGAAACGCAUGGCAGCACCUGAACACUGGACCUAGUUUUGUUGAAGCUACCAUGGGAAGAAUUGCUCAAGGAACCAAAGUGAUUGCAGAAGGUGGUUAUGAUAAGAUAUUUCAACAAACUUUUGACACACUUUCUGAAGAGCAACUUAGGAAAUACCAUGCAUGCUAUCUAUCAACAUCUGCUGGUCCUGUUAUGGGAGUUCUCUAUCUUUCCACCACAAAACUUGCAUUCUGCAGUGACAAUCCUCUUCCCUAUAAAAUUGGAGAUCAAAUUGAAUGGAGUUAUUAUAAGGUAGUUGUUCCUUUGAAUCAGCUCAGAGCAGUUAACCCUUCAGUAAACAGAAUGAAGUCUGCAGAAAAAUAUAUUCAAGUUGUUUCCACAGACAACCAUGAAUUUUGGUUUAUGGGAUUCUUAAACUACGAUAGUGCUGUAAAGAUUCUACAGGAAGCUUUGCGUGAUGUAGAGGUGGCACGACCAUAACAAUAAUGGCUAUGAUGUCCAGGUUUCAAUCAAAUGCUCUAGCAAGGGAACACCAGGAAUCCCCGUGGGAUUCUGUUGUGACCAUUGGUGUAUCCACGAUCUGGAUCAGCAUAUUUUCCUCCAUCUCUUGGAUCUCUUGAGACAAUUGAUUAAAGUUCAUAUAGCUUAAAACGAUUAAGUAGUUUUUCAAAUUCCUUCUAAAUUCUCGUCUACUACUGUCCAACAUGUCAAAAGGCUUCUAAAAUAGAUUGAAAUUUUCAUGUAAUCCCGAUGUUUGAUUAUUAUUGAGGACGGGUUUUGAUACA